AUGAACAUCAAGGGACUUUUCGCGUUUGCGGUCGUGGCCCUCGCCGGCAUGGCCAACGCUGAGACCAACGAGCACGUCGCCCGUGAGCUGCAGGUGGCUGACUUCAGCACGAAGCUGUUGAACGCCGUGAACGCCCUGCGCUCGAAGAAGGGCCUCGCUGCCGUGUGCAUCAACACAAAGCUGGCGGCUGCUGCCCAGGACCUGGCCGACGACAACGCUGCGAGGAACACGGUCAGCACCAAGGGCUCCGACGGCUCGACCCCAAGCACGCGGUAUGAAGACGAGGGCAUCGAGACCAAGCAGUCGGCCGAGCUUGUGGCCGCCGGCCAGUCCAGCGUGGACGCCGUGGUGGCCACGUGGACCAAGUCCUCGAGCACGUACCUGUACAGCGACUUUAAGUUCAUCGGCCCCGGUUACGCCUACGACAAGUCCAAGCAGUACAAGCACUACUGGGUGCUGGACUUCGCCAACGCCGACGGCGAGUCCUGCGCGUAG